AUGGUUGGGUGGGGUUGGCGGGCGCGGGCUGACGCGGAGCUGACGGGGGUCGGAACGGGGCUCACCUUCGACCCGGGCGCAGAACGUACUCCGCCAUGUCCCACCUCACGCCUCUCCGUCGCCGCUCAAUCUCCACCCUCGCGCCCCCCGCCCGCGGGGCGUGUGAGCCAGCGCAACGACCUCGGGACUGGAUCCCGCGGCCGGUACAGCAUCGGCGGCGGAACCCCCCUCUUCGACACCCCGCUACGCGCGCCCUCCAUCGCGCCCUCGAUUGUCGAUCAGGAGGACAUCGCUCGGGGCGGCACCGGGGACGGCGGCCAGGUGUCCUACAUCUGGGGCACCACCGUCAACGUCGAGGACGCGCGGUCCCGUCUCCGACGAUUCAUCGAGCACUUCGACCCCGAGGACCGCGGCGUGGGUCUGUACGACCUGAAGCUUCGCGAGUGCUUCGAGCGCGACGAUUUCCAGCUCGACGUCGACUGCAAGCACCUCCACGGCUACGACCCCCAGCUGUACAAGAUGCUGGUGUCCUACCCUCAGGAGAUCAUCCCCCUGAUGGACGCGGUGUGCACCGAGUACUUCGCGCAGCGCGUGCUGCCCCAGGACGAGAUGCCGCCGGACGAGAACUGGGGCAUACAGGUGAGGACUUACAACCUCAAGGAGACGCGAGCGAUGAGAGAUCUAAACCCGAGCGACAUCGACAAGCUGGUGGCGGUGAGGGGCAUGGUCACCAGGGUCAGCGCGGUGAUUCCGGACCUGAAGGCGACCUAUUUCCAGUGUUCAGCGUGCGAGUUCCAUCCGCCGAUGGCGCUGGUAGACCGCGGGAGGGUCAACGAACCGCCUCUUCGUUGCCAGAGCUGCAACGCGGUGGGCACGCAGACUCUGGUUCACAACCUCUGCCACUUUGCGAACAAGCAGCAGAUCAAGAUGCAGGAAACCCCGGACGCCAUCCCGGAGGGCGAGACCCCCCACACGGUGUCCAUGUGCGUGUUCGAUUCCCUCGUGGACGAGGCCAAGCCCGGUGACAGGGUGGAGGUCACCGGCGUGUACCGCGCCGUGCCCAUCCGCGUGGCGCCGAACCAGCGGGUCCUCAAGGCUGUGUACAAGACCUACGUGGACGUGAUUCACAUUCGCAAGGACACGACGAGCCGAGGACCCAAGGACGAGAUCGAGUUCACCGACGAGCGCAUUGCCGAGUUCGAAGCCAUGGGCAAGAAUGGCGACAUAUACGAGCGGCUGGUGGCGUCCCUCGCGCCGAGUAUAUGGGAGAUGGAGGAGGUCAAGAAGGGUUUGCUGUGCCAGCUGUUCGGCGCGACGAGCAAGACGUUCAAGGGUUCCACUUCCGGGAACAAGGUUCGCGGCGACAUCAACGUCAUCCUCGUCGGCGACCCAGGGGUGUCGAAGUCGCAGCUGCUGACGUACGUCAACAAGGUGGCGCCGCGCGGGAUAUACACGUCGGGUAGGGGCUCGUCAGCCGUCGGUCUCACCGCGUACGUGCAGAGGGAUCCAGAGACGAAGGACAUGGUGCUGGAGUCGGGAGCGCUGGUCUUAUCGGACCGGGGCAUCUGCUGCAUCGACGAGUUCGACAAGAUGGGCGAGGGCGCGCGGUCCACCCUGCACGAGGUGAUGGAGCAGCAGACCGUUUCGAUCGCCAAAGCCGGCAUCAUCGCGGUUCUCAACGCGAGGACUUCCGUGCUGGCGUCGGCAAACCCGGUGGGGUCGAGGUACAACCCGGCCAUGAGCGUGGUUGACAACAUCCAGCUCCCGCCCACCCUGCUCUCGCGAUUCGACCUCAUCUACCUCGUCUUGGACAAGCCGAACCCGGAGACGGACCGUAGGCUGGCGAGGCACCUCGUCAGCCUCCACUUCAAGGAACCUCCGCCGAGGGCGAAGGCUUCGCUGGACGCGUCCACGCUCACCGAGUACAUCAGCUACGCUCGAUCCACCUACUUUCCAAUCUUGAACAACGAAGCCGCGGAGGUGCUCGUGGAGGGGUACGUGGACAUGCGCCGCGUGGGAAGCGCCGGCGGGCGCAAGACGAUCACCGCCACCCCGCGUCAGCUCGAGUCGUUGAUUCGCAUUUCCGAGUCUCUGGCGCGCAUGCGGCUGAGCAACGAGGUUGAGAAGAAGGACGCCGAGGAGUCGCUUCGGCUCAUGCGCGUCGCGAUGCAGCAGGCGGCGAUGGACCCAAAGACGGGUCAGAUCGACAUGGACAAGAUCCUCACGGGACACAGCGCGUCCGACCGGAUGCACCGGACGCACGUGGCGGACGCGAUCCAGGACAUACUGUCGGAGAUGGGCACGGGCAAGGCGCGGCUCAGCGAGCUGGUGAGCAAGCUGAAGGAGCGGAACUCGAGCAUGGAGAUGAGCAUCCAGGAGUGCAGGGACGCGGCGAUGUCGCUGGUGGAGCAGGACAGGGCGAUGAUCAAGGGCGACCUCGUGACGCUCGUGUGAUUCGAUUCGGCUUACUAGGGCUCCGAUCAGGGCGUGGAUCGAGAAUCUGGUCGCGACAGUAGCAGGCGUUCUCGUGUUCUCGUGUUGUCUCCACGUCACGGCAGACCCAAACCGUAAAUAAAGCGUGUUUUUACCGCC